AAACAUGUUCAGCAGCAGACACCCCAGCCUUAGCAAAAGAGGAGGAAUCUGGGGAUUGUGCAUCCUCUUGCUUUACACCAGCCCUCUCUCCUGUUUUGCAAAUUUCAGCCAAGCAAAAGAGCUCAUCUAUAAGAUAAAGGAGGGAUUACCGAGGGGGACCUUCAUAGGGGCCAUUGGAGUAGACCUAAAUUUGGAUUUCACUGUCCAGCCCCCCUUUAAUUUCAAUCUGCCACAAAAGAAGGUCAGUGAUCAGUACGUGAACCUGAAUAGUACCACGGGGGAGCUUUACACAUCUGCUACUGAAAUCGACAGGGAGACGCUCUGUCCGGAUAACCCCGGGGGAAGGGGAUGCGUCCUCUCCAUGGACGUGUUUGUUUUGCCUCAGCAGUACUUCCAGCUCAUCAAAAUUAAGAUCUACAUUGAGGAUGUCAAUGACAAUAGGCCAAAGUUCCCCGUGGAUGAGAUCUGCUUGUCUGUCCCGGAAAACACACCCAUCAAUGCUCGUUACGCUGUGGAGCACUCUGCGGUUGAUCCAGAUCUGGGUCCACAUGGAGUGCAGACAUACUGGCUUGUUAAUGACUUUGGCGUGUUUACGCUGGACGUUGAGGAGAAUGACGGGGGUGAGCUGACACCCUUCCUCAUCGUGACGGAGGCUCUGGACAGAGAGACUCAGGCUGAAUACAUCACAGAUAUCAUCGCGGAGGACGGAGGGACGCCGCCUUUACUCGGCGCAACUACUUUAAAAAUCGUAAUCACAGAUGUGAACGAUAACUGCCCCCGAUUCACGGAGUCGCACAUCAAUGUAACUCUGCAUGGGAAUACAACCAAAGGGGCACAUUUGGCACGUCUGCAUGCUUUUGACCCUGACCUUGGUGCUAAUGCUCAGAUCAGCUAUGCUUACAGCGAACGUGUGCCAAGGGAGACCAGGAGCUUGUUCCACUUGGACAGAGUCACAGGGGUGAUCAAGCUAGCGGGGAAAAUAGACACCGACACCAACACAUUUUACAAACUCACUAUUCUGGCCAAUGGACCUGGCUGUAUCCCCGCUGUUGCCACUGUUUCUGUGCAUAUCAUCAAAGUUGUCACAGGACCCCCUGCCAUCAUGCCCAGGUACAUUGCACCUGAGAAGGGCGGCGUGGUGACGAUUAAAGAGUCUGAACCAGCGUUUUCUCCAAUAGCUUUUUUUACAGUCAAAAACAUUGACAUGAACCAAAAGGUGGACUGCCACUUGGAAGGGACUGGUCCGUUCAGGCUCGUCCCGUAUGAGCUGUUAAAGAACGAAUACCUCCUGGAGACUACAGAAACUUUGGAUUAUGAGAAGGCACAGGAGUACGAGCUCAUCGUGGUGGCUAAGAAUCACAGAGAGCUCGUCAUCAAGACCUUUCUGAAGGUUCAGGUGAUGGAUGAGAACGACAAUGCACCAAUGUUCCAGCAGUCUCUGGUUCAACUCUCCCUGGAGGAGAACAAUCAACCAAACACCUUCCUGACCCAGCUCCAGGCCUCAGACCCGGACAGUGAAGGCCGAGGGGAAGUCAUCUACCUCCUUGGGGGAGAUGCCCCUGGGAUCUUUGUCGUGGAUCGUGUGACAGGCGUCCUGACCGUGACCACAUCGCUGGACCGUGAGGAGAAAGAGACGUACCGGUUCAUUGUGAGAGCGGUGGACCAAGGUACGCCGAGGAGGGAGUCCAUUGCAACUGUAGUGUUAACCGUGGAAGACCGCAACGACAACAGCCCACGCUUCAUCAACAAGGACUUCACCUUCUUCGUGCCGGAGAACUUCCCCGGGUAUGGUGAGAUCGGGGUCCUCUCUGUGAUGGAUGCGGACGCGGGGAAGAACGGCUGGGUGGCUCUUUCCAUCCUCAACGGCAGCGACAUCUUUCUGAUAGACACAGGCCGAGGGGCGCUGAGGGCCAAGACGUCUCUAGACCGUGAGCAACAAGGGACGUAUCAGCUGUGGAUCGAGGCAGUCGAUGGAGGGGAGCCUGCACUUUCCUGCAUUACUAUGGUGACUGUACUUUUAUUGGAUGUAAACGACAACCCACCCAUUGUUCUCUUCCCUCAGUCCAAUCAGUCUUAUAUGCUCGUGCUUCCCAGUACAGUACCAGGGACAUCGAUCACAGAGGUGUACGCUGUGGAUAAGGAUACAGGCAUGAAUGCUGUGAUUGCUUACAGCAUCAUUAAGAGGAAAGGUGGAGAGCCAGGCUCGUUUGCUAUUGACUCCGAAACAGGGAAUAUCACGUUAAAGAGGGAGCUCAGCAACAGGGGUCUCUACAGCCUUCUGGUGAAGGUCACUGAUCACGGUCAGCCUGAGCCCCUGUACUCAACAGUCAUGGUAAACUUCUUUGUCAAUGAAACUGUGAGCAACGAGAGCUACAUCCAGAGUCUCCUGACCAGAGAGGCUGACAUCGAGGUGGAGGAGAGGCCCUGGUUUGUCGGCCAGAUGACAGAUGGGCCCGAGAGGUACGAGCUGUUCCCCUGUCAGCCCGUCCUCAUUGCUCUUUCAGUGACAUGUCUGGGGCUUUUCUUCUGCCUUGUCACUUUGACAUCAUACAUAUGCUGCAAGAGAUUUAAAAAGCAGCGAAAGAAAAGAUCAGAAGUGGAGGUACCUUUAAAAAUGAAGAAUGACUCUACGCAGGUGGUGAACAAGAGGCUCAGGCAGAUCUCAAAUAUCUGAUUUCAGCUGAAUCCAUGAAUCCAAAACCAUCACUGUUUACAUGAAUGUUUACAAAACUCACUGUGAGAGGAGUGAUUCUAACAUGAAGUUGUUUUUCUGCCUUUGUCAUAUGAUUUUUAUUUUCUGCAGAAUGACAUUCACAGGUGGAAAACAGAAGCAUUUACUAUUCUAUUCGUUUAUAUUUAUGAGCCAUGUCACUUAAAGCUGGGGUUGGUAGUCAAAUUUAGAUACACUUUGUUAUACUGGUUAAAAU